CGAAACCGCCUCCACUCCUCCCACCACACAUAAAAGCUGCCAGGCCCGUGUGCAGCAUCCCAACUCUCCCAUCAGACCAGAAGCAGAAUGGACGCUCUCAAGAAAGUAUUCGAGGCCAAAAACCACGCCACUAGCCCUGCGCUGGUGACCUUCGUCACCGCAGGAUAUCCAACACCAGAAGACACAGUGCCAAUACUGCUUGCAAUGCAGGAGGGUGGAGCGGACGUCAUUGAGCUAGGCGUACCCUUCUCAGACCCUGUGGCAGACGGCCCGACUGUCCAGGAGACGAAUGUCAUUGCACUUCAACACGAUGUGCAAUACCCACACUGUCUAGGCAUAGUGCGGGAGGCACGGAACAAGGGCCUCACUGUACCCGUACUGCUCAUGGGCUACUGCAAUCCGCUGCUUGCGUACGGUGAAGACAAGGCUAUUCAAGACGCUGCUGAAGCAGGAGCCAACGGCUUCAUCAUGGUCGAUCUUCCACCAGAGGAGGCUAUCACGUUCCGAGAGAAAUGUAUCAAGUCAAAUCUGUCAUUUGUCCCACUUAUUGCACCUUCGACGUCAGAGCGUCGUAUCGAGUUCCUCGCCUCUAUAGCGGAUUCGUUUAUCUACGUCGUUUCCAAGAUGGGCACCACGGGCUCUUCAGUGACAGGCACGAUGAACAGCGCCCUUCCAGACCUCAUCUCCCGCGUGCGCGAAUACACCGACAUCCCACUCGCCGUCGGCUUCGGCGUCGCAACCCGUGAACACUUCGACCUCGUCGCCGACGCAGGCGCAGAUGGUGUCGUCAUCGGCAGCCGCGUCAUCAACGUCAUCAAGAACGCGCCCCAGGGCGAGAUCGCGAAGACUUUGGAGGCGUACUGCCGCGAGAUCAGCUUGAAGGGCCAGCCCCCAAGGCGGCCGCACCUCAACGCUACACGCAGUUCCGCCUCUCGCGUCAGCAAGGCAAGCAAGGUCACGGAGGAGAUCAAGAAGUCCGGGCUCCCACCGCGGUUCGGCCAGUUCGGUGGCCAGUACGUGCCCGAGGCGCUGUGGGAUUGUUUGGUUGAGCUCGAGGAGGUGCACCAGAGCGCGAUGAAGGACCCCGAGUUCUGGAAGGAGUUUGAGAGCUUGUAUGGUUACAUGAACCGACCGUCGAACUUGUACAAGGCGGAGCAGCUCACGAAGCAUGCUGGUGGUGCGACGAUCUGGCUGAAGCGAGAGGAUCUGAACCACACAGGCUCACACAAGAUUAACAAUGCCAUUGGCCAGAUUUUGUUGGCGAAGCGGUUAGGAAAGACGCGUAUAGUGGCCGAGACAGGCGCAGGACAGCACGGUGUCGCGACUGCCACUGUCUGCGCUCGUUUCGGGCUGGAGUGUGUCAUCUACAUGGGUGCAGAGGAUGUCAGGCGACAAGCACUGAACGUCUUCCGCAUCCGCAUGCUCGGUGCUCAGGUCAUCCCCGUCGAUUCAGGUUCAUGCACACUCAAAGACGCGGUCAACGAAGCCAUGCGCGACUGGGUGACCAACCUCUCCGUCACGCACUACCUCAUCGGCUCCGCCAUCGGCCCGCACCCCUUCCCGACGAUCGUGCGCGACUUCCAGCGGAUCAUCGGCAAGGAGAUCAAGGAGCAGCUGCACGCGGAGAUUGGCAAGCUGCCUGAGGCCGUCGUCGCGUGUGUCGGCGGUGGCAGCAAUGCCAUCGGCACCUUCUAUGAUUUCAUCCCAGACAAGAGCGUCAGGCUCAUCGGUGUCGAGGCCGGCGGUGAAGGUCUGGACGGUGACAGGCAUUCGGCAACUCUUAGCAAGGGUGUUGCAGGCGUGCUCCACGGUGUCCGAACAUACAUUCUUCAGUCGAGCGCAGGCCAGAUUGUCGAGACGCACUCCAUUAGUGCAGGCCUCGACUACCCUGGCGUUGGUCCCGAGCAUGCCUGGCUGAAGGACUCGGGUCGCGCCGAGUACGUCGUCGCGACCGACGAGCAGGCGCUGCGCGGCUUCCGCAUGUGCACGCAGCUAGAGGGUAUCAUUCCUGCUCUGGAAUCGUCGCAUGCCGUGUGGGAGGGUGUGCUGUUAGCGAAGACGUUGCCGAAGGAGGCCAACAUCGUCAUCUGCUUGUCGGGUCGUGGGGACAAGGACGUGGAGCAGAUCUCACAGCUACUCCCCGGAAAGUGGGAAGACGUUCUGGACUGGCACAUAACGUCGUGAAUGGGAUCGCUGCUCUAAUAUGUUCAUAUGCGUGGGGAUUGUCGAAGUGCACAAUGUAUGUACGCAAUAGAUGAAUGAAGACUGUAGUUCUGUUUUCGUGUUGCACGUACGAGGGUCCUCUACUAAUCCCUACAUUUGAUGAAU